AUGCCGUUACGCCCUGUGCAGAUGAGUCGACAUGGCAUCAGUCGCCCUUUUACGGUCCCGACGAAUGACUUGCGCUCACCUGAAGACAAUAUGACCCUCUUUCAGUGGAUGACAGUGUCCUGGAUGGCACCCUUGAUCAAGAUUGGAAACGCUCGGCAGAUUAAUGAGGAAGAUGUGUGGCUUCUAGGCUACGAGUUCCAACAUCGAUAUCUACAUGAUGCUUUUCGGGAGUUGAGGGGCUCUGUGGUCCAGCGCCUGUUGAUUGCCAACUGGAUCGAUCUGGCAUUAUUGACUCUGCUUGCAAUAUUGGAAUUGGCAGCAAAUUUUGCGGCUCCGGUGAUCUUGCAAAAGCUGCUGCAGGCUAUGGAGCUUAUUGCCACUGACAAGCGUCCAGCGAUCACGUUUGCUGCUCUCAUGCUUGCCGCAAGACUUGUUGCCGCACAGAGCUCGGUUUUCAGCCUCUGGUUUGGCCGAAGGUGCUAUGAACGUUCUCGCGGCGAGAUGAUCACAAUGCUCUAUGAAAAGACUCUUAACAGGAAAAUCGUUGGUAGCAAGCUAGAGCAACAGACCCUGGUUGUUGCAAACACUUCGACCACAGAGCCGGCCUCUGAGACUGAUCCUCUCCUUGACCGAAAUGUGAUGCGAAAACCCAGCAUGGGCGAAAAAGUGAGAAGAUUCGCGAAAUCACUCAAAUUAAAGCUGAUAUCGCCUGUCACUCCGCAUAGCAAGGAGGAAAAAUCAUCUGCAUCCAUGGGCAAGAUCCUCAAUCUCAUGCGAAAUGAUGUUUAUGAGGUAGCCCAGCGCUUUUGGGAGUUUCAAACUCUUAUUAACAAACCUCUUGGUUUAUGCUUCUCAAUUUAUCUGAUAUGGAUGAUGUUGGGAUGGGCUUGCCUUGUCGGUGUCACAGUCGUGAUUACAGCCCAGAUCCUCAAUUAUCUCCUCGCCCGCAUCCUUGUUGGUUGGGAGAAGAAGCGGCGGCGUGCGGUCGAUGUCAAGCUUCAGAGAAUAUCUCAAUAUGUUGAAGCUAUCCGACAUCUAAGGUGGUAUGGGUGGCACUUCAGCUGGCUUGAAAGCAUUAUGACUGCUCGGCAGCGAGAGCUGAAUCUGAGGGUCGUGGUGUAUCUUUGGAACACUGCUAUCAAGUUUGUCAAUUCUCUUGCAAGUGGAAUGCUUCCUGUCGCAACAUUCUAUGCAUACACCGCCAUUGCCGGCCAAGAAUUGAGGGUCGACGUUGCUUUCCCCGCUAUACAGCUGUUUGCGAUGUUACAGACAAAUCUGCGCGAGAUUCCUGCAUUGAUCACAGUGCUUCUAAAUGCCUCCGUGGCAGUGGGUCGGAUAUCUGAUUUCAUUGCUGAGCCAGAGAAACCAAACGACUUCGCACAAGGAUCUAGUAUCGACGAAGAGAGACUGGAAUUGCAAGACGCCUCGUUUUCAUGGCCCGGGUUUGCUGCACUUUCACUCCACCAGAUCAAUCUCACGUUCCCUCGUGGUCUGACCGUAAUAUACGGCAAAGUCGCUGCUGGGAAAACCGCGCUAUUGCAAGCUCUUCUUGGUGAACUAGAUCUUCGUGCAGGAAACUUGAUCAAGCCUCAUACCGCCAUUGGUUACUGUGCACAAACACCAUGGCUGCAGAACAUGACCAUUCGAGAAAACAUUGUCUUCAUUUCUCCAUACGACGAUGCCCGGUACAAGCGAACACUGGAGGCAUGUGCCCUUCUCCCGGAUCUAGCCAAUUUCAAGCACGGAGACCUAACCAGCAUUGGCGAGAAUGGAAUCGGUCUCUCAGGUGGCCAGAAAGCCAGGGUUGCGCUUGCUCGUGCUGUUUAUAGCCAGGCCCAGGUGUUACUUCUGGACGACCCUUUGAGCGCAUUAGAUCAACAAACGGCUGAAUGGAUCUCCACCAAGUGCAUCGCAGGCCCCUUAAUGGAGGAUCGAACAGUGGUCCUUGUCACUCAUCGGAUCGACAUUUGUCGUCACCACGCCCUGCAACUGGUCGAAAUCUCUCAUGGCUCGGCCAUUGUACAUCAAACUAGCGAGAAUAUUUCGAAUCCUUCGUCUACAGCAGUGACUUUCGCUGAUACUGAGCAGGAGACAGACCCUAGAAUUGACGAGUCAACUGCUGUGCCCGACAAAUUCAUAGAAGAGGAACGCAGAGUUCAUGGAGGCGUUCAACUUGCUGUGUAUUGGCAGUAUAUCAAGGCCGGAAAGUUGAAAUGGUGGUUCAUGGUGAUUCUGUCAGCUUCUCUCUGCCGUCUGCUUUAUGUUGCUGAGAGUUGGUUCCUGAAAGAAUGGGGUGAAGCAUACAACCAUAUAAAGGAAUACGCCAUCCUGUUGCAACAAAUAGCUUCAGAAGCCCAUACACCAAGAAAUCCCAUUUCGAAGCUAUUCGAGCGAUUUCCAGACCCAGCAGCCGAUGUCAAUCCCUGGCUGAUGGGGUUCUUGAUCAUCAUUUUGUGUGAGACCGUUGGGCUCAUACUUUCUGAUUUGUUCAUGCUUGUUGUCACCUACACUGCAGCCAAGCGCAUGUUCCAUGACAUUAUGGCUCGUAUUAGCGGCGCUACAUUUCGAUUUUAUGACACAACUCCUAUUGGGCGGCUGAUGAACCGCCUGACUUCCGACGUUGGUACCAUCGAUGGACCUAUUGCGACCCAGAUUCUGGUAGUAAUAUGGUACUCCAUUUCCUGGGUCUCAUCAAUGAUCGUUAUUGCCAGUAUCACGCCUGUCUUUUUGAUAUUUGCCAUUUCUCUGACUCUUGUUUUUGUCCGAAUCUUCCUUGAAUUUCUACCUACCUCUCAAAGUCUACGACGCCUGGAAAUGGUUUCACUGAGUCCUCUCAUGGCGAAUUUCGGAGCAUUAUUGAAUGGGUUGAUGACUGUAAGGGCAUUCUGUGCCCAACAUCAAUUUCAGGAAAGAACAAUCCAGGUUACCGAUGCAUUUCAAAAGAUGGAUCACUUUUACUGGAGUUUACAAGCAUGGCUAAUGUACCGAUUCGAUACACUGUCAGGGAUUUCGACGUUUGUUCUCACCUUGCUGGCCAUAUUUUCGAAUUUGACCCCUGGUCUCACGGCAUUCGUGCUUGUAGCAGCCAACAAAUUUGUUCAAUAUACUCAUGCAAUUUGCAAGCAAUACGGACAGCUGCAGCUCGAGUUUGUGUCCGUUGAACGGGUAGUUGAACUGUUGCAUAUUGAACAGGAGCCGACCGGAACCAUCCUUCCACCGGCAUCAUGGCCAACGUAUGGCAGUGAUGUCAUUUUCGAGAACGUCAGUGUACGUUACCAACCUCAGAUGGACCGUGCACUUUCUGAUGUCUCUGUAUGCUUUACUGGAGGAACCACGAAUGCAAUCACUGGUAGAACUGGUUCAGGCAAAUCUACAUUAGCGCUAUCACUACUCGCGACGAUUCCUCUGGAAUCUGGCCGUAUUCUCAUUGAUGGUAUCGACAUUAAUAAGGUUGACAAGCAAGUACUUCGAAGUCGUAUCACAUUUCUUGCGCAAGAGCCGGUGCUAUUUCCCGGUUCACUGCGUCACAACCUUGACCCAAUGGAAGACUACUCUGAUUUAGCAUGCCUCGAAGUUAUAGCAAGAGUUUGUGGCAAGUAUGGAUGGACACUUGGAACGCAAAUUGACGAAGUUGGUCGCAAUCUGAGUCAAGGACAAAGGCAACUGGUUGGUCUAGCUCGUGCUAUUCUCAGACGUAGUGCAGUUGUCAUUAUGGAUGAAGCUACCGCCAGCAUUGACAUGGAAACGUCUGCAGAGAUUCAGCGCAUUCUGAGAGAAGAGUUAAAGGGAAGUACAAUCAUUACUAUCGCACAUCGGGCGGCUGCGGUCGAGAAUAAUGAAUUCUGCUUGGUCUUAAGUGAAGGGCGGGUCCUGCAGCAAGGGAAAUCCACAGAGCUGAGAUCUUGA